CUUCAACACUCUUCAUCACUUCAUCUCGUUGCGUAUCGUCACCAGAAUUGACAGAUCGCCCGAAUGCGCUCCGGAUGAUGCAACAGUAUUUACCCUGCACGCUCGCCCUCCGUCAUAGGUCAGCUGCAGCUCAGCCGAACGGUCACUCUUACGUGUGUCACGGCAGCAUCUAUUGGAGGACGCUGUUCUGUCUUCGCCAAGCAAGACGAGGAUGGACGGCUCGAACGAGCAUCGUGGGGCUCGCCACAGGAGCUCGACUGUGCGCCCUGAAACCACGUGCAGCGUCGUGCGCGCUUGUGGCCCGAGUGGCUGAAGGUGGGGGCAAAUCCGGUCUUCCACCGAAAGGCGCAUUAGCAACGGUGGAAUGUGCCCAGGUUACGUCCGCUCCAUCACUUAUUUCUAGGCGCUUAUUAGGGGCGACUGCUCAGGACGUCAUAAAGGAAUGGCAGGUCUCUCUGACCUCGCUACGCUGCACACUCGCUUUGCACGGCCUCGGAGGCGUCAUCUAUUUCCACCACAGCAAUGGCAACAAAAGCAAAGGCGAUGAUCCACCCCGCGCAGAUCCACCCCGUCGAGAAGAGAACGUGAGGGAGCAGGUGAAGAGCGAGGACGCCUACCGCUUCGGCGAGUGCAGAUGCGCAGGGUGUGAGGCCCGGCGAGAGGCCACGCGCAGAGCAAUUGAGGAGUAUCGUGACGUAAUACCACGCCGUUUCAACGAGGUGUAUGCGCCGCAGCUGGAUCCCAUAUGGGAGCUUUAUGAGGAGGAGAGUCGAAAUCGUAGUCAAGAUGACCAUCUCGACAUGGAUUACGAUCUGAUCGUCGAAGAUAUCCCGGCCACUCCAGAAAAAUGCUACGAACCGGAUAGAGAGCAGAAUGAAGUGCUCCUCGGGCUGCAGCGCGACCGACGUAACAUCGUUCUCGACUCGACAUGCCCAGAAGUGGCGCCCCACAUUGUGAUUUCACCGCCCGAUCUGAACGAGGAAUGGGAUCUCUACUGGGCCGUCUGGAUAAAUCGGAUGGGGCCACAAGACCCUAAGUAUUUGUCACUAGCGCACCCAGAUUGCCGACUACUAGCGACUCUUCCGCCCCAUGCUGACCGACAUAAGGGUAGCUCGGUGGAGACGUUGGUGCAAGAGCCACGGUAUGGGGACGAUGACGCUACGCUGGAUGCAGAACCACAGAGAGUGUUCAGUCGGUCAGCUCUACAACAAAGAAUUGUUUCCGCAUCGCAGGAAACUGAGGUCGUCUACCUGGACAACGUCAUCACCGCUGUGCGGCGGCACUGUUACAGGGCAUCUGCACUAGCAGCGAGCGCGGCGGCAUCGACGUUCAGAGCGAGAUGGGAUGCAGCCGACUUUGCAAUUCAGGUCGAGAAGCCGUUUAUGUGGAUCGAUCCUGCCGAAACGCUCUUGUCGUUCUUCUUCCAAUGCCUCGGUACACUCGUCAUCGACUCAACAACGCCAUAUACGACGCCGCAUAUAGUCAUCCAGGAGCCUUUACCGGAGAACCUAUGGGGACUAUACCACAACAACACGCCCUCUCCUCAAGACUGCGGGCUCGGCAAUCUGCUCACUGUACCCUCCUCAUUCGUCGACUAUGUAAACCUCGAGCCCAACUCGUUCGAGGAGGAUGACUAUCCCGCCGACAGCCGGCCAUCCUCGAGCGGCAUGGAGAGCAACGUCCCCCGCACGCCAGAACACCCUGAGGACUCUGUCGGCGUCGCGGUGCCCGCGCAGUGCGUGGACAUUAUGCACGCGGACCAGAUUUCCUUCUCGACGUCUGCGCUCUGGCAGACUGCAAGCCAGCCUGAGGAGCCUGCGCCGCAUGGAGAUGACGUCCCAGCGUACGAAGAGGAGGAAGACCAGCUGCCGCCUUUCGAUGAGUGGUACCAGAGCAUCGCGAGGCGCGCUGCUUGAGCAUUGUCUUGAUACGUACUAUAGAGCUAUCGUAUACCUGAUGCCUUAGAUACCAAUAGUAACACAUGUAGCAUAGUGCAUGUCAAUAAUUACUGUACGCUUAUGACCUUCCGGACCGU